ACCUGAUCAGCUGACUGUGAGUGAGAUGCACUGCUGAAGGACCGUUGAGUCGAAAACCAGCGAUUAUCUGCGCUAUGUACAGGGAACUGCCAUAAUUGGGUAAAAAUCACCGUUUGGACCGAUCACCGAGGCCUUUUAACUCACCGUGACCUACUCACUUCUAAAGGGCGGCUGAACAAACCUUUCACCAGCAGCCAUGACAGAAUUCUGGUUGAUCUCAGCGCCAGGGGAGAAGACCUGCCAGCAGACCUGGGACAAGCUGAUGGUGGCAACAACGCGCACCAACAACCUCUCUGUGAACAACAAGUUCAACAUCCCUGAUCUCAAGGUUGGAACUCUAGAUGUGUUGGUCGGUCUGUCGGAUGAACUGGCAAAACUUGACACUUUUGUGGAAAGUGUGGUGAAGAAGGUGGCUCAGUACAUGGCUGAUGUCCUAGAGGACAGCCGAGACAAAGUCCAAGAGAACCUGCUUGCUAAUGGAGUGGACCUGGUCACCUAUAUCACCAGAUUUCAGUGGGACAUGGCUAAGUAUCCAAUCAAACAGUCGCUGAAGAACAUCUCUGAGAUUAUCUCCAAGCAAGCGACUCAGAUAGACAACGACCUGAAGGCCAGAGCUUCAGCUUACAACAACCUGAAGGGAAACCUUCAGAACCUGGAGAGGAAGAACGCGGGGAGCUUGCUGACCAGGAGUCUGGCUGAUAUCGUGAAGAAAGAGGACUUUGUGCUGGACUCAGAGUACCUGAUUACCAUGCUGGUGGUUGUCCCAAAGACGGGCUAUAAUGACUGGCAGAAGACGUAUGAAACCCUGGCUGAGAUGGUCGUGCCUCGCUCCACUAAGCUUCUGUUUGAAGACAACGACAGCGGUCUUUUUAGCGUGACUCUCUUCAGGAAGGCUAUCGAUGACUUCAAGCACAAGGCCAGAGAAAACAAGUUUACAGUGCGUGAUUUCCAGUACAACGAGGAGGAGAUGAAGGCAGACAAAGAAGAGAUGACACGUUUGUCCACUGACAAGAAGAAACAGUUUGGCCCGUUGGUACGAUGGCUGAAAGUGAAUUUCAGUGAGGCCUUCAUUGCGUGGAUUCACAUAAAAGCUCUGCGUGUCUUUGUGGAGUCAGUAUUGAGAUACGGGCUGCCAGUGAACUUCCAGGCCAUGCUGCUGCAGCCAAACAAGAAGAACAUGAAGAAGCUGAGGGAGGUGCUGUAUGACCUGUACAAACACCUGGACAGCAGCGCAGCCAUCAUUGAUGCCUCUAUGGACAUCCCUGGACUGAACCUGAGCCAGCAGGAAUAUUACCCCUAUGUUUACUACAAGAUCGACUGCAACCUGCUGGACUCCAAAGUCUAAAUCCAUCAUCAUCAUCAUCAUCUCUGUGGAGUUGUGCUCUGAUGUGACAGUUUCACAUCCCCAAGCUUUAAUUUAUUUCCACUCCCACCUUGAUUUUCGCCUGCUGUGUUUCCCUGCUCUUCUCCUGCUACAUUCCUGGGUCCAUGUUAAUUAUUUGGAGUGGAAUCAAAGUGCUGUUUGGUGAUUUUAAGUGAAGCAAGAUCGAUUUAAGAUCAGAACUUCUCCUUAAUAUACCUGAUUAAUGUGGGCCCUCUUUGUUGUUGUGUCUUCCUGUUUCUACCAUGCUGUAAAAGUGAAUUUCUUCCCUGUUUACACCCACCAAGAUGGCUGACAUUCCCUCACUGCAAUCAAGGACAAGCUUCAUUUUAAGUGUUUUCUACUGUCACUACACAUUACUGAAAGCAACAACAGCAGUCACAUACGGGGUUUACUGGGGAAAAUAAAUGUAUGUUGAAUAUAGUAUUUAUUUAAAGCCUCUGAAAUCAGUGAAUGUGUUUUUCGUUUGUUCAGUUCUUGAAAGUGCUGUGUUUUUAGCUCUGUGUACGGAACGCCUGUUUACAAGUAGAUGUUGAUCCCACUUUAGCUAUAAUCCACUCAGAAAAGUCAUUUACAGUAUAAGGAAGCAAUAUGUUUUGCUUAUGGUGUACUUUUAAAUUCUGUACAAGAUGCAGUUUGAGGAAAAUAAUGAUAGGUCUAUGUGAAAAUACUGUAUCGUCAGCAUAAAUGAAAAUUUAUCCACAUGUAUAAUAAAUGUGAAAAAUAAAUACUCUAUGUGAAAAUACCAGA